AUUAUCUGCCAAGUGUUAGAGCCGCUUGGUGGCUCUUGUUUCUCGUUGUCCUGUCUUGAACUCGUCUCAGAACCUGAUCGUUUACUUCACAAUUUUUAAGGUAUGGCAUCAUCGGAUAAGCCUGAAAUAGUUGAAAGGGGGCAGAAGAAGGAUGACAAAGAAGAAGGAGAGGGCGGAUUUAUUGAUAAGGUGAAGGAUUUUAUCCAUGAUAUUGGUGAGAAGAUUGAGGAAACAAUUGGAUUUGGGAAGCCAACUGCUGAUAUUAGUGGGAUUCACAUUCCGAAGUUUAAUCUUGAGCAGGCAGAUAUUGUUGUUGAUGUGCUCAUUAAAAACCCAAAUCCGGUACCAAUCCCUCUGAUCGACAUAAACUACUUGAUUGAAAGUGAUGGAAGGAAACUAGUUUCUGGAUUAAUCCCGGAUUCUGGAACUAUUCACGCACGUGGAGAGGAGACCAUCAAAAUCCCAGUUAGUUUGAUAUUUGAUGACAUAAAAAGCACAUAUAGUGAAAUUCAGCCUGGUAGCAUUAUUCCAUACAAGAUCAAGGUAGACCUGAUUGUAGAUGUGCCUGUCUUUGGAAGGAUAACUAUUCCCCUUGAGAAAACUGGGGAGAUCCCCAUACCUUACAAGCCCGAUAUUGAUGUUGAAAAAAUAAAUUUUGAUAGAUUCUCAUUUGAAGAAACUGUUGCAAUUCUUCAUUUGAAGUUGGAAAAUAAGAAUGAGUUUGACUUGGGCCUCAAUUCACUAGAUUAUGAGGUUUGGCUUGGGGAUCAGAGCAUUGGGGGUGCUGAGCUUGCAAAAUCGACCAAAAUUGAUAAGAAUGCAAUCAGUUAUCUUGAGCUUCCAGUUACCUUCAGGCCCAAGGACCUUGGCUCUGCACUUUGGGACAUGAUUAGAGGAAAAGGUACUGGUUACAGCAUGAAAGGACAUAUUGAUGUAGACACACCUUUUGGGGCUAUGAAGUUACCCAUCAGCAAGGAGGGUGGUACGACACGCCUCAAGAAGAACAAAGAAGAUGGUGGUGGUGGUGAUGAUGAUGAUGAGGAGGAGGAUUAAAUAAGGAAUCAACAGGAGUGUGGUUCAUAUGAUUAUCUAUUGUUUGAUUACCAGAGGUUUGUUAUAAUAAUAGAUAAGUAGACACUUAAAUUCAAAGUAUCAACUUCGUACAUACUUCAUUGGUGAAGAAGUUGGUGUCGGUGUAUGCAUAUGUAUGCAGUUGUUAUUGUGAUCAGUGUUGCAAUAUGGCACUCGUUUUUUUAUUGGCAUAGCCACUUAACUGAUAGAUAUUAAGAACCAGUUGUUUUUCACUCCUUAGUGUCAUUGGAUUUGUUUGUGCAAUCACUUUGAACAGUAUUAUCGAUAUUAGACCAGUUGUUAUGUUUAUUA